UUUUUAUAAUUAAAGAAUUUGGAUAAUAUUAUCACUACAUUAUUGAAUCCAUUCUUAGAACCAGAUUAUUGACUAAUUAAAUAUGAGGAAUCAACAGAAAAUGCCAUGUAUGGUAAUUUUAAUUUUGCACAUGUUAUUACUUGUAGAAUGUGGUUGGUUGGAUUUCUUCUACAAGGAUGAAGCUGCAUUAGAGACAAAAGCUUACUAUUCUCAUGGCGAUGUAAAAGAAAACUUUAUAUAUGCUGGUGAUUUACAUAACAAGGGGGAAAAAGUUAAUGUUGGGAUAGUACAAGAUGAUGCAAGUAAUCCUAAAUCAAUCUCGAAACCUUCCGACUUGAUAUGUGAUAGUGAACUAUUUAAGAAUACUGAUUGGUCUACUUUAGGGCUUAGUGUCAUCCAAGAGUCAUACUUUCAGUUAAUUGCCAAGUUCCAACUUUUAGACACGGAAGAUCAAUGUUAUGCGUGGUAUUAUUUAUUAAAGACCGCUGACUUAGAUCUGCUUCAAAAGAUUUUUGAUGAUAGAUUAAACAGUGAUGAAGGUAAAAAAAAGUUAUCGAAAGAUUUACAUAAUUUAGUAGAGCAAUUGAUUUUAGAAGAUGAGAACUACACACCCAACUAUCAAUAUAUGGGAAAGGUAUAUUAUACUGAUCCCGGUAUUGAGGUUAAGUAAGGUCAGAUAGUGGGAUAAUGGAAAGAACUCGAUUAGGAAAGUUACAGAUUCUGGUUGCAAAAAGGAAGCAUUAAUUGAUUUCUUCAUGAAUGGAUAUUUAAGAGACAUAAAAUCUAAUUUCGGCCUAAAUUAAAGUUUUAUUAUUAUUCUCACUGUAAUUAAUAAUAAAUAUUCUAUUACCUUAGAUAUUCGUAUAUCUAUAUACAGUGUCUAAAUAUAACAUUAACUUCGUUUGAAU